AGAGCAAACAGAGCAUCAUCAAAGCAGCAGCAGCAGCAGCAGCAAGCAGUCCUUUCCUCCCCAUCAAGCCUGGAGAGUUUCCCUAGAAGUGGAGAGAACUCAGCUGUCUCCCUCCUUAUAGUGAACCUUCCUUCUUUUUUCCUGGUCUUUUAAACAUUUUUUUCUGUGAGGACUAAUGCGUUUUUAACAGGAAAGCUUGGAGUCUCAUGAAGACGAAUGGAUAACCAUCUGUGUGCUGUUUUUUUGCUGAAUAAUUGGCUUUUAAGCUAAUUAUUACUUUGUUGUUCUCCGAUCAAAUUUACUUAGAAAGGGGCUCACUGCCUUGUUCUCCCAUUGACAGGGUGACAAACAAAUUGUCUCUUUUGUUCUCUGACUGAGUGAUUGGCUGUGGUGUUUAUUGUCUCUUUGACUGCCUGAUUAAGUACUCUGUUUUCACUGAGCACCGCAUGACUACUCAUCUGACUCCAUGGAUGAUUGGCUGAAUUAUUCACUGUUUCCUUGUUAUGUUUUUUUUCACCCGUGCUUCCCAAACAAGGUGAUUGUCUGAUUCCCAAAUAUGCCAUUUAACUGAAUAGCUGGGAGUGGCAUCAUCAUUGUCAUCCUCAGGCUUUGAGACUGUCUGGAUCUGGAGGAGAUGUCAUGAAGGAUAGGAGAGGAGAGGUGUGAGAAGAAUUAAAUAAUAAUUAAAAAAAACCCACAAAUAAGAAGCAGCAAAUCGAAAGGCGGAGAAGCAGAUCUGGAGGGAGGAAAUUAGAUUAGGGGAACAAACGGAGGAGAGCCUGUCAGAGGCGGAAAGGGUGACGAGAGGAGGCGUGGCAGCCGAGAGAGAGAGAGAGAGAGAGAGAGAGAGAGAGAGAGAGAGAGAGCGACACAGAGAGGAGAGUGGAUGCAACCCACACCCUGAGAUGCUGUGCUGGCUGAGAGAGGACGAGAUGUCGGUUCAGGAACUGCUACAGAGGGUGCAGUGUGUCAUCACUCAUGUCGAUGAGAUCAUGCAGCAGGAGAUCAGGCCCCUGCUGGCCGUAGACAUCAUAGAGCAGCUUCAUCGCCAGUUUGCCUUGCUUUCAGGAGGGCGAGGGAAAGAUGGCGCCCCCAUCAUCACCUUCCCAGAGUACUCAGGCUUCAGUGAAGUGCCAGAGGAAGAUUUCCUCAAUGUGGUUACUUACCUGACCAGCAUCCCCAGCCUGGAUGCUGCCAGUAUUGGCUUCAUUAUCAUCAUCGACCGGCGGAAGGACAAAUGGAGCUCAGUAAAGGCCUCUUUAUCCAGGAUCGCUGGUGCGUUUCCAGGAAACCUUCAGCUGGUUUUGGUGCUGAGACCAUCCAGAUUCUUCCAGAGGGCUAUAGCAGACCUCGGGAUCAAGCUGCACAAGGAUGACUUUAAAAUGAAGGUACCGAUUGUGAUGCUGAACUCUCUGUCGGACCUACAUGGCUAUGUGGAUAAAGGUCAACUGACCCGGGAGUUAGGAGGAAGCCUGGAGUACUGUCACAGUCAGUGGAUACACCACCGAACUGCUAUAGAGAAUUUCGCCAUGACAGUGAAAACCACAGCCCAGAUGUUACAGAAGUUUGGGACAGACCUGGCAGAGACAGAGCUACCCAAUGAUGUCCAGUGCACCAAAGACCUUCUCACCGCACACACCGACAAACACAAUAACCUCAAGGAUGAACUGAAGCUGGCUUUGAGGCAGGGCACCACCUUGUUCGGCUGCAUUAAGGAGCAGGCAGCCAAAUCAGAGAAUCAUGAACUGAACCCAGACGAGAUGGAGAACCAAACCACAGUUGAAAGGCUCCUCGCCCAGCUGGAUGAGACAGAGAACGCCUUUGAACAGUUCUGGUGUAAACACCAUCUGAAACUGGAGCAGUGCCUGCAGCUCCGCCACUUUGAACAGGACUUCAGAGAGGUCAAAGUGUCUCUUGACAGUUUGAUGGAAUCUCUAACCAGCCUGUCAGAUAUCGGGGACUGUGUGGCCAGAGUUGAACACCUGCUUAAGGAGCUGAAAACACUGGAGGAGAAGGCUCAGCCAACAGUAGAAAAGGCCCAGCUCCACGCUCUGCAUGGUGACCAGCUGAUCCAGAGCAACCACUACGCUGUGGACUCCAUUCGACCCAAAUGUGUGGAACUCCGGAGGGUCUGCGAUGAUUUCAGCAAUGAGUCCAAGAAAAAGACAGAUGUGUUGACCAAAUCGUUGCAGAUACAUAUGGGCAUUGAUAAGGUUAACCAGUGGUGUGAGUCUGGCAUCUACUUGCUGGCGUCCCAGGCUGUGGAUAAAUGUCAGUCACAGGAAGGGGCAGAAUCAGCUCUGACAGACAUUGAAAACUUCCUGGACUCAGCAGAAAAGAACCAACUGACUGAACUGAGGAAUCUUCACAAUCAGUAUGAGGUCGUCCUGUCAGAGGAGAUCAAGGGCAGUGUGCUGAAGGCCCUAAAGCGACUGGAGGAUGUCCAGGAGAUGUUUGAGAAGCGGCAUGUCAGUCUGAAGAGACUGUCAGCUAAACAGACGAGACCCAUCCAGCCUGUUGCCCCUCGGCCGGAGUCCUCCCCCAAACGGCCCUCACUGAAAAACACACCCAGAACUACAGGAAACCAGCAGCCUCUUGCCCGCAGAGCCUCUGAUAACUCAAACAGCAGCAAGCAGCCGGCGGAAGUCGAUCUCAACAAGAAGAAGAACAUACGCAAGACCAAGGGAGGCAUCAAGAUUGAGGUGAUGCAUGAGGAAAGCCAAGGAGGCUCCACACAUGUUGUUGUGACAAAUGAGACUGAGGAGAGUCUGUCCAACAGGCGCAGACACAUCAUGACUGAGCUAAUUGAAACAGAGAGGCUCUAUGUGGAGGAACUGCAAAGCAUCAUGGAGGGUUAUUUUGCUGAGAUGAAUAACGCAGAGCUCAGCCACCUCUUGCCACCAUCACUGGAGAACAAAAGGGAUGUGCUGUUUGGCAACCUGCCAGAGAUUUAUGAAUUUCACAACAGGACAUUUCUCAUGGAAUUGGAGAACUGUGCAGAGAAACCAGAGCUGGUGGGAACCUGCUUUCUGAAAAGAAAAGAAGAACUUCAGGUGUAUGAGAAGUACUGUCAGAAUAAACCUCGCUCUGAAGUCCUUUGGAGACAGUGUGGCGACAGCCUCUUCUUUCAGGAAUGCCAGAAGAAACUGGACCACAAACUAUCUCUGGAUGCCUACCUGCUGAAGCCUGUCCAGAGGAUCACCAAAUACCAGCUCAUGCUAAAGGAGAUGUUAAAAUGCAGUAAGGGCCAGGGGAUGGCAGAGCUGGAAGAGGCUUUAGCCACCAUGCUGGACAUCAUCAAGUCCGUCAACGACUCCAUGCACCAGAUCGCCAUCACUGGCUUUGAGGGAAACCUGAGUGAACUGGGGAAGCUGCUGAUGCAAGGAUCCUUUAAUGUGUGGACUGAUCACAAGAAAGGCCACAGCAAGGUGAAAGACCUGGCUAGGUUUAAGCCCAUGCAGAGGCACCUCUUUCUCUAUGACAAGAUGCUGCUGUUUUGUAAGAAGCGAGAGGAGACCUCAGAUGGACAUGAGAAGACUCCGUCCUACAGCUUCAAACACUCACUCAAGAUGAGCGCUGUGGGGAUCACAGAGAACGUCAAAGGUGAUAGCAAAAAGUUUGAGGUGUGGUACAACGGCAGAGAGGAAGUUUACAUCAUUCAGGCUCCCUCCAUGGAUGUGAAGAAUAUGUGGGUGUCAGAGAUACGUAAAGUUCUUACAGGCCAGCUAGAAGCAUGCAGGGAAGCCAGCCAGCUCAACAUUUACGGGGCCCCCAUGAGGAAUGUUCGGAAGGUGGCGCUGAAACAGUCAGAUUCAUCGAGUCCAGAGUCAGGCUUCAGGAGAUCCAACCCCAGCCCCAACAUGAGGCAGAAGAGAGUCGAUGCUUCAGCCAACCAAUCAGGCCGCUCGGCUGUUAAUGCUAGGAAGCAUUUCACCUUGCAAGGACUUUCCAAACGGAGGUCCCUUCCAGCAGAUGCUACUGUUAAGGAGGCUGAGGUCCCCCGCCGCUUUUCUCUCACCUCCUCUCUCGCCUCCUCUACCUCCUCCUCCUCCUUCGCCACACGACACACAAAAGGUCCCCUCUCUGCUAGCAUAAAGAGCAAAAGACAUGAGAUUAAGAGUGAUCCUACUCCAUUUGGUUAUGAAGAUACUUUGCGUGGUGCUAUGGCUACAGCGGGGAAACGUCAGAGUAUGACUAGCAGCACUACUACUACUGCUGGUGGUGGCACAACAGCUGUUCCUAGAUCCACCUCCCAGCCAGGCUGGACCCAGCGGCGGCUCCUCUCCAUGGACACGGAGGACUUUGAGACGAUUCCCUCCAGCGCAGAAGAAUCCUCCAACUCUUCAGAGGAUGAAGGCAACAACAAAAAUGGUGACAACAGCCGAUUCCGGGUGCAGCUGACCUAUGAGUCCCGUGAAGCGAAGGAUCUCUCUCUGGAGACGGGUGACCUGGUCCAGUUUCUGGAGGAAGCAGAGAAUGGAAACUGGCUAGUCAAGAACCUUAUAACAGAGGAGACAGGGCUGGUUCCUUCCAGUAUACUGCAAACAGCAUCUGAAGGAGAUAUCUUCAGUGAUCUGUGUACAGCAGCACUCUCUGACUCUGACGAAAAUGAAGCCAGUACAUGGGGAGAUGUGUCUCAGGACAGCUAAUGAACACAGCUGACUAUUAGAGUUCUUUACAUCAGACUGAAAACCUUUUUUUUUGUUGUUGUUGGAUCUCAAACAUGGCUGUUAGUUAUAGCUGUAGUUUUUAAACUGUAAUUUCCAAAGCUGGACUACUACAAGUUUUCUACUUGUAGUUCUUCUCGAUGGACUGCGAAUACGGCCUGCAUUUGUUUUAUCAACUGUAGUUUUUAACGUAUGACUCACUGAAGUUUCUCAGUGAAGCCUGCGGAAAAAGCUGGAACCUUACAAUGCCUGAACGCCAUAGUGGGAAAGCCAUAACAGGUUUUUAAUUCAAGGAAGUACCAGCUGUUGUCUGUCGGGAACUGACAACUGCAUGGAUGUGGAUACUGAAUUUUACAUCCAGAACGGAGCUUAUGUACUGUAGAAAAUACUGGAUACAUAAAAAAUUAAAUCUAAUCCUAAUCUAAUCUAAUCAAAUCCUUGGGAAUAAUGGAUGAUAAAUUCCAUGUGCUGGUUGCAAACAGGCCUUUGGCAGUGUGCCAUGUUUUGCUGCUACCCUGCACUGAAGCAGAACUUUUUUAGACCAGAUUCUGGUCCACUGUUGCCCCAUUUUAGCUGCUUCAGCUUUUCAGGUUCAAACAAUAGACAACUCACAGUAGCUGCUGUCUCCACGAGAAGGUAGAGGUUGUCUUGUUUGUUUUUCGUUGUCCGGGUAGAACACCCACAUAAUGUCACAUUUCAUCACAUAGAGUCACUUCAGAAAGCUUUCAGACUUCUUCAGUUCUUGCACACUGUCAUGCUGAUAGAUAAACCGUCACCUCAGCCUCAGGUAGCUGCACUCUGGAGCAAGAUUUCUUUAAGAACUUCUCUGUAUUAGCUGCAUCCUUUUUCAAUUCAGUUCUGAUGAUUCCCUCUGUCCCUGUAGCAUGAUGCUCCCACCACCAUGUUUCACUCUCGGGAUGGUGUUAGCCACAUGAUAAGUGCCUGGUGUUCACCAGAUACAGUGUUUGGAGUUCUGCUCAGAGAGUUUAGCUUAUGUCUCAUCAGGGAAUCCUUUUUCCUCUCUGCUGCAUUUAACAAACUUCAAAUAGGUUGUCAUGUGCCUUUCAAUAGGUGCACCACCAUAAAGGCCUGAUUGAUGAUGUGCUGCUGAGUCAGUUGUAAUUCCAGCAGGUUCUCUUAUCUCUGGGGAGGACCUCUGAAGAGUGACCGUUGGGUUUGUAGUCACCUUCCAGAUCAAGAACCUUCUUGCUUGGUUACUCAGCCUACACUCUAUGAAAUGUCCUGGUGGUUAUGGCCUUCAUCCAUUUCAUCAGUAGUGAGACUACCGUGCUUGCUAUUAUAACUGUGGCAAAUGGUCUGAAUACUUUUUGCCAGUGCAAUUUUAUUUUUUUUACCCAUUUAGAAUAAAAGGGGUCUGGAUACUUUCUGAAGUGACUCUAUUUUCUCAACUUUCCUGUUAUGACACCUCAUAGCUUAUCUAUAUUAACUGCUAAAUGUCUAAACUGUAGUGAUCAAACGAAACAGCUUGUGGAAGAGCCAGAUAGCUGAAUCUGAAUAUAUAUUGUAUUUGCUACAUGCAUUUACAUGUGAAUAUAUCAAAAAAGCAUAACAAAUAUAUUAGUGCUACUGUAAAUUUUUAUGUCACCUGGGGCAGAAAAUGCCUUAUAAAGUUGAAAUUACUAACAUUUUAGCAAACAUUUGCCCUUUUAUACAUAAAGCAAACAUAAAGUUACAUUGGAAUUGUUUUGGAGUCGUGUUUAUGCCAACCUGACAAAUGUAAGUCAAAUGGUGGCUCUUAUAGCAGUGUUUCUAUUCUGUGCUGCUUGUGUAUAGUUGUUUUUUUUGCCUAAAGCAGCUUUCUGCUCCAUCCAGAAAUAAGGCUGAUAAGAGUGGUGAGACCCAAGAGGAAAGGAAGGCUGUAGUACAAAAACAAUGAGCUAAAAGAUUCUUGGAACUGACCAGAAUGGCAGAGUUGGGUGACAUAUCUGACUAAUUGUACAUAUAAAAUGUGUUGAUUGGUUCAACUUUAAGCAAGUUUUCCAUAUGAGUGCUGCAACAUUUGAGAAAAUCUAAUUCUUACAGAAUUUCCUUCAUCAGCUAAUGAUAGCUAAAUUGCUCUCAGGCAGAAAAUAUGUGAGAGAAAUAAAUCAAUUACAAUGUGUUUUCUGUUUUACUCUUUGUGAAUAGCACGCAGAAGAAUGCUAAAUGUGUUUUGAUGGAAAUUAAGCGUUACUGCAGAACAUCUCUUCUUUAGAUAAAUAUGGUGCCGGCAGAAACCUGUUUUAGGAACCAGAUUUAUCUCAGUGACAUGCUCGGCUGCAAGGAACAGAUAAAUUCAGAAAGACUCAUUUCAGCAUAAUGGGAUUUUCACUACCGAGCUUGUUGAGAACAUUUCACACUUUAAUUCUCUGUAUGCCAACUCACUAUCUAUAGACAGGAAAUAUUCAAACAUUGUGUUUCUGAUUUAGUGCACAUGCUCUGCACAAUAACUACAAAAGAUGCUAUCCAAGCAGUCAGAUCCCACAGUUUCUGCAGGGAGGGUGACUUUAUACAAUUGUGAGAAAGCUCAUUUUGAAUGGAUAAUAUUCAGAAUAUUGUAUUAAUUCAUGCUCACACAUCUCUUCGUGUCUUGUUGAUUUAUCUCCAAAUCCAUACAGCACCGGCUAAUUGCUGGCAGUGUACUCGAUCAGUAGCUACAUUGAUUGUAUUCCGACCUUGAAUUUCAUUGAAGGAUUUGAGCGUCUGUUUAUUCUGCUGAAUCUAAGCAAUAGUUCAGCUUCGCUACAUGUUAUCGGAUUCAUGAGUCUUUUGAAGUCCUUGCUGAAAGAGCUUACACCAGUGUUUUUGUUACUGAGAAAUUAGCAUUUGUUUGCAAUUUGCGAGCAUUGACACUUUAAGUCAGGUAGGCUGAAAGGCAUUUCUUUGACACUUUGACAGACUACACUUGCAUCCUUUUUUUUUCUCAAGUGAAUUACGGUAUUUUGAGGGAAAAGUCAGGGAACUGUUUUUUCAGGGAAAUAUUUUUUUAGUAAGCAGCACCUGUUUCAUCAGCUGUUGGUGUAUAGUUUUUUUUGUUUUUUAUUUUUCUAUGAGGAAAACAGUUCUGUACACUGAACAUGGAACAUGGUGAGUGCCAGGAAGACAUUCUGGUAAAUGUAAAUAAACAUAAGUGUUAGUCUAAUGUUGCAACUUCUGGGGGAUCCAUUCUCUGUAUGACUGCUGUAUUGCUGUGCAUCAUUCUCCGUCACAGGCUUUCCAGCACUGUGUUGCAUUUCUACUGACUGACUGAAUUCUAUAGAUGAGUCACCGAGACAGCAGCACUGUAUGGCAUGUUGCAUCAUGGGAAGAAUAGUAGCUCAUUUGGUUAACAUUCAUUUUAUGACAUAUGAAAAAUGGAACAAAAGAUACCAGAAAGCUGAACAUUCACCUACUGACUGAAUACAUGUCAGAAUGCAACAUUUCAUGUAGUUACUCUAAGAAAACUGCAAUUACCUGGGGUCAGUCUUUAAGAACUCUAACCCUGAUAAGCAAUUUUUAAAAAAAAGAAUAGUUGGUGGAUGGAUAAGUCGAUGAGUGGGUUGAUUGAUGAAUGACUGUUGGGCGAUGGAUAGAUGGGUGAAGAUGGUUGGUUAGGCAAGUGAAUGGACAGAUAGAUAUUUAAAUGAAUUACCAUUUGUAAGAUAGUGCAAAACUGAAUUAAAGGUCAAAUGCAUUGAAAUUCUGAUUGUAAAGAAAUACACUCCUCUUGAACAUGCUGUAUAUUUGGUUUGUCCUUUGUUAGAUGAAAAAUGCUGUAUCUUUGUAAUGAAAAUAUUUCUGUUAUACUGCAUCAUGCUGCAAUUUAAUUGCCAUAUUAACCAUAUAAUAGAAUGUAUCAAGUAUGUAUAUUAUAUCUGUCAUUGUAAUGUAAAUAUUGCUUUAUUGUGAUAAUAUGCAUUUACAGUAUGAAUUUUGUCACCUUUUUUGUAUUUUUAACUUAUUCCACUAUUCCAAACUCACCAUGUAUUACUUCAUACUGAAAAUGGAAAGUUUCUACCAGUGUGAGAAGAAAACAUGUAAAUCAACAGAAGUCUUUGAAAUCAGCCACUAUGCAUACAGGACAUGUGCUAACCAGAUUUUAAGGUGCAGUUAUUGUAUAUAAAAGCAAAAGAACGGACAAGAAAGUCGUGUUUUGGAAACUAAUGUUUGGUGGCUGUGUGAUCAUUCUCCUUUUCAGUAUCUUUGAACGUUUUGCUCUGUUUGCACUGGAGGAAUGGUUUUGUGCCGGUUAAUUAAAGUAAUACAACAGCUUAA